AUGGCCCAGGGCUUGAUUGAGGUGGAGCGAAAGUUCAUCCCUGGGCCUGCCACAGAGGAGCGGCUGCAGGAGUUGGGGAGCACCCUGGAGCACCAGAUCACCUUCCGAGACAGCUACUAUGACACCCCCGAACUGAGGCUCAUGAGGGCUGACCACUGGCUGCGACAGAGAGAGGGUAGCGGAUGGGAACUCAAAUGCCCUGGAGCAGCUGGUGUCUCAGGACCCCACACUGAGUACAUGGAACUCACAGCUGAGCCUGCAAUUGUGGCCAAGCUCUGUGAGGUGCUGGGGGCUGAGGUGUUGGGGGCUGGAGGCAUGGCUGCUGUGCUGGGUCCACUAGGGCUGCAGGAAGUAGCUAGUUUUGUGACUAAGCGGAGUGCCUGGAAGCUGGUGCUCUUGGGGGCUGAGGAGCUGCCACUCAGGGUGGACCUGGACACAGCUGACUUUGGCUAUGCUGUGGGUGAGGUGGAGGCCCUGGUCCAUGAGGAGGCGGAAGUGCCAACUGCCCUGGAGAAGAUCCACAGCCUCAGCAGCCUGCUUGGUGUGCCAGCACAGGAGAAGCCACCUGCUAAGCUGAUCGUGUACCUGCAGCGCUUCCAGCCUCAGGACUAUGAACUCUUGCUAGAAGUGAACCGCUCGAGAGAGACCACAGGGAGCCAAACAUCCAGACAGUAG